UUUUUGCGCUCCAGUUUUGAAAGGGGUGUUUUUGGCAGUUUGGGGGGGGAGUCAGGGUCGCCUCCCUCAGCGAACGCUAUUGGCCGAUAUCUCCACAGUUUGUGACGGACCCCCUCUACCAGCAGUCUCCUUCAGAGAGCAACGAUGGAGGGCGAGGAGGAGCGACAGCAGGACACUCUGAGAAGACACCUGCUCUCAAGGCUUCUCUCCAAAUUAGAACUUGGGCUCACAAGAGAACCUGUCGAUUUAGAUUACAUGGAAUUUACAUGUAGGCAGGAGUUGUAUUUGUGUAAUGCACUGUCCAGACACAUUGAUAUGCCCACAGAGAUUUUGCAUGCUCUACAGGACCUUUUCAGGCUUGUGACCGAACACAUUGAAUGCAUCAGUGGCAGAAAUAGAUAUGUUGAGACACUACCUGGGCAGAUGGGGCGUCCCAAGUUAGACAUUGAGAGAGAGACCUUGGAAGAGUUCCUAGAAACUGACUUGCCUGUGCCCUGCAUUGCAAAGAUGAUGGGAGUCUCAAUACGUACAGUGUUUAGACGCAUGCAGCAGUUUGGCCUGUUGGCUAGACGGUACAGCAGUAUGAGUGAUGAGGAACUGGACAGGGUGGUACAGGAUGUAAAAAAUGAAAUGCCGAUGGCUGGCUACCGGAUGGUUAAGGGGAGGCUGCGAUCACUGGGAGUCCAUGUUCAGUGGAGGAGAGUGGCUGCAUCAUUGCACCGUGUGGAUUCUCUGGGAAUCAUCUCAAGACUUGCUGGAUUAGGCUGUGUUGUAUGCAGGACUUAUUCUGUGAGAGGUCCUCUUUCACUUUGGCAUGUGGACACAAACCACAAACUAAUCAGGUACAACAUUGUACUGUUUGGCGCAGUGGAUGGGUAUUCCAGAAAAGUGAUGUGUCUGCGUGUUGCUACCAACAAUCUGGCAUCAACUGCGUUCGCAGCCUUCAAAGAGGCAACAGAAAAGCAUGGCAUACCAUCAAGGGUCAGAGCUGACCAAGGUGUUGAAAACGUUGAAAUCGCAAGAUUUAUGUUUAACGUUCGUGGAACCGACAGGGGAAGCUUUAUGUCUGGCAAAAGCGUUCAUAAUCAAAGAAUUGAACGCUUGUGGCGUGAUGUCAAAACCUGCGUGACCUCGAAGUACCAAAACAUGCUUCAGAGUCUGGAGAGGGAUCAGCUUCUUGAUGUUUGCUCCUCAGAAGACCUUUUUGCUGUCCAUGCGGUGUUCCUACCAAAACUAAGGAAAGACCUUGAGAGUUUCGUUGAUGGUUGGAACAAUCACCCAAUUCGGACAGAAAACAACAUGACCCCUGAGCAGUUGUGGUACUGUGGUAUCAGGGAAACCAGUAUUGAUCAGCCAGAAAAUGUUGAGGAUCUAGAGGAGCCUGACAUUGACUGGGACAUUGCCACAAACCACGAUGGCGAGAUUGAUGGAGAGAUUGUGGUUCCUCAAAUUGAGUCGCAUUUAAAUGAAGGACAAAUACAGGUGGUUCAGAGCCUCAUUGAACAGAGUGACCCAGACCUGCCGGCAAGGGACUUGUAUUUAACAUGUCGUGAAUACAUUUUGGCACAGGGUGAGUAGGGCCAAUUUUGCUCCCUCUGAGCACUAGCAGCUUGAUGGCAAAGCUGCAUGAGCGGGGGUUCGAACCUGCGAUCUCCCGCUCAUAGUGGCAGCGCUUAAAUUUUAAGAGCUUUGGAUUUUUCAAAUUAUGUUGUGUAUUAAUAUAUUUGUACUAUUUGCUGAAUUAAAAAAAUAAAGACAGCUUUGGAUUGAUCAAA